AUGGCCGUGGAGGCGGUGCUCCGGUUUCGGAAGAUCCAGGAGACUGAGGAUAAGGACAGAGGUGUCUUUGUGCGGUGGGAGAAAGUGCUGGAGCACUACAAGGGCCACACUGAGGAGGCCAGGGACUUUGUCGCCCGACGCCAGCGCGAGAAGGGGGGGACCAGCAGAUGCCGGAACGACCCGGCAAUUGAGACGUACCUUCUGUUUGGCGAACAGGAGAAGACCAUCCGGACAAAAACCCUGGAGGACGUUGCCCUCGAGUGCGGGUGCGACGCCGCGGUGGCGGUGGAUCUGAUGAGGGCCAUGGAUCAGGGCCAGCAGGUCGGAAGCGUGCAAGCAGCGGGGCAGCAAUCCUUGCCAGGGGCCAGUGACCCACCGGCGCCGCCGCAGAACAAGCCGCCUAAGAAGGCCCGCGUCGCCAAGGAGAAGCCAGCUGGGACCAACAUGGAGGAGCUCAAACCUGAGGACGCAGAUGUUGCAGCCUUUGUGAAUAUCUGGGUGAAGUCGAGCACCGAUGCUCAGGGUGUGUGCACCAGCAUUUCUGCCCAGCUGCGUGGCUGA